AUGUGCGACGACGACCACCUAGAGCAGCUGUAUGCGAUCCUGUUUGGCCCCAGCCCCUUCAGCCCCGUGGUCAAGACGCUCGUCGCCCAGGACGAGCCCGCGGCGCUGCAGCAGCGCGGCCGCGCCAGCGUCAUGCAUAAGAUUGAGAGCCGCUUCCGCUUCCUGUCGGCCAACAGCGCGUCCACGCUGCGCGGCAAGUGGCCCUCGUACCGCGAGGCGCUGCUGCUCGUUCGCGACAGGCUGGGUGUGCAGUGCAGCGGCAAUUUGUCAACGGAAGACCUGGAGACAGAGCUGUUCCUGCACAUCCUCCAAAACUGCCAGGAGUAUGUGGACGGGCAGCCGCAGGGCGCAAGCGACGCCGCAGCCGGCAGGGCGGCCGCGGCGGCGGGCGGCGUCGAAGGCGACGGCAUGGGCGGUACCGCGGGCAGGGGCCGCCCCGGAUGGGCGGAGCGCCUGCUGGCGCCCAUCCGCCUGAGCGUGCAGGAGCUGCUGCCGGGGGCGGUCAAGCUGGGGGGCGCCGUGACGGUCUCUGCGGUGGGCCGCAGGGCCGCCGAGCGGCUGGCCGCGCAGCGGGGCCUGACGGGCGCGGCGGCGCGGUACGGCGCACUGCGGGGCGCGAUGGCGUUCGUGGGGCCCGUCAUGUGGGGCUGGCUGGCGGUCGAUCUGGGUAUGAUGGCGAUCGGGACCGACUACUCGCGCAUAAUCAGGGCUGUGUUUGUGCUGGCGCAGGUGCGGCUGCUGUGCACGCACGGAUGGUGCGCCGCAGAGCCCGGGGGCCCCGAGGAGCUGGGCGGCGGCAGUGUGUACGACUCGGGAGUGAUCUGA